GUCCUGUUGUUUUUUAAGCGGCUUCUUCAAAGUUCAAAUGAAAAUCCCGGCUCACUUCUCUAUAGAUUAGAAUUUGUUUCCUUUUUUUCGCAAUUUCCCUGCAGUUUCUUUCACGCAUUGCCUGUUUUGUUUGUUGUUUCUCUGUGUGUGUGGCGGAGACGCUCCAUCUCUCUCUUUGCUUGUAACCCACACUUUGACAACCAACUAAGCUUAAGCUUCUCUUCUUAGUUUACAAGGUUUGCUGCAUUUCUCUCAGCGAGUUUCCAUCUGGGACUCACCCAUGGAAGCAGCUUCAUCACCCAUUUCAAUCCAACAAACCCCCCUCCAAUCCUCUCCAAAACCUUACAAGAAAAGCUUCGUUACUACUCUAAUGGAGGCCGCCACUCUCCGUACUCCUUCUUUCAAGGAAGACACCUAUUUCAUUUCUCAUCUCAAAUCCUCUGAGAAGAAAGCCCUGCAAGAGCUCAGGGAAAAACUCUCCACCUCUUGUGAGUCUGAUAGUGAGUGUUCCAUGUGGGGUGUUCCUCUUUUGAGUAGCGAAGAGAAGGCUGAUGUGAUACUGUUGAAGUUUUUGCGUGCUAGAGACUUUAGAGUCCCUGAUGCUCUUAACAUGCUGGAGAAGUGUUUGUCUUGGAGAAAAGAAUUCGGAGCGGACAACAUCUGUGACGAGGACUUGGGUUUUAAGGAGCUUGAAGGUGUUGUGGCUUAUAUGCAUGGGUAUGACAGAGAGGGACACCCUGUUUGUUAUAAUGCUUAUGGGGUCUUUAGAGACAAGGAAAUGUAUGAGAGGAUAUUCGGAGAUGAGGAAAAGCUGAGGAAGUUCCUACAAUGGAGAGUUCAAAUUCUGGAGAGAGGGAUUAAACUUCUGCAUUUUAAGCCUGGUGGAGUUAACUCCAUCAUUCAAGUUACUGAUCUCAAAGACAUGCCCAAAAGGGAACUGAGGGUGGCUUCUAAUCAGAUCCUCUCUCUUUUUCAAGAUAAUUACCCUGAAAUGGUGGCUCGUAAGAUUUUCAUCAACGUCCCAUGGUACUUCAGCUUGUUGUAUUCGAUGUUCAGUCCGUUUCUGACGCAGAGAACUAAGAGCAAGUUCGUGAUCUCCAAGGAAGGAAAUGUUGCAGAGACUCUCUACAAAUUUAUAAGGCCUGAAGACAUUCCAGUUCAGUAUGGAGGACUAAGUCGACCCAGCGAUUUGCAGAAUGGCCCACCUAAACCAGCUUCCGAGUUUACUAUGAAAGGAGGAGAGAAAGUGAACAUUCAGAUUGAAGGGAUUGAGGUUGGUGCAACAAUUACAUGGGACAUCGUGGUCGGAGGAUGGGAUUUGGAGUACGGUGCUGAGUUCGUGCCUAAUGCAGAAGGAAGCUACACCAUUGCCGUGGAGAAGACAAGGAAAGUGGCAGCCUCAGAAGAAGCAAUUCACAACUCUUUCACUGCAAGAGAAGCUGGUAAGAUGGUGCUGUCCGUGGACAACACAGCCUCCAGGAGAAAAAAGGUUGCUGCUUAUCGAUAUAUUGUCCGAAAAUCCACUGGUGUUUAGAUUUAAUAGCUUGUUUAAUUAACUCUAAUUAUAAGAGUACCCUUUUUCUAUUUCUUUUUGGGUUUUUUUUAGAAGUUAGUUGAAUUAAUGGUUGUUAACUGUGCUUAAUAGCUUGACCGUUUAGUGAUGUAAUGUAUAAAAUUUGAUGGGUGUACUACAUAGCUUUUAUAUAUAAUAUAGAAGCAAAUCAAGUUUUAACUUC